UUUUAAAAUCAUCAUUAAUUUUCUUAACACUGACUUAUAAAUUACUUACUGAAUUUGCUGCAAUAUUGCCACCACUGCAGGGUUUUUUUCAAAUCAUUUCAUUUUAAAUAACUAAAAAAAACCAAAUAUGACUUCUUCAUUUGGGAUAACACCAAACGAGCUAAAGGAUUUAAUGGACUUAAGAAAUAAGGAAGAGUCCAUUACAAAUAUACAGGCACUUGGUGGUUCCAAAGGAUUAUGUAAAAAAUUAAGGACCCCACCAGAUACUGGUUUAAGUGGAACAUCUUCAGAUUUAGAAGAAAGACAUCAAGUAUUUGGAUCUAAUUUUAUACCAGCAAAACCAUCAAAAUCUUUUCUAAUCUUAGUCUGGGAAGCUUUACAGGAUAUUACCUUGAUUAUUUUACAAGUAGCUGCGUUAGUAUCACUUUUUUUAUCUUUUUACACCGCUCCAGAUGCUGAUGACUUAGAUGAUGAUGAUGAUGACGACACAGAGGAGCGGUAUGAGUGGAUUGAAUCUCUAGCUAUAUUUUUUUCAGUUUUUAUUGUUGUUCUAAUAACAGCAUUAAAUGAUUAUUUCAAAGAAAAACAAUUUCGAAGCUUACAGGAUCGUAUAAAAGGGGAACAAACAUUCAUGAUAUUACGGAAUGCCGUUGUAUCAGCUAUACCUAAUGAUCAAAUAGUUGUUGGAGAUAUAGCUUAUGUUAAAUAUGGAGAUACUUUGCCAGCAGACGGUGUUCUUAUAUAUAGCCAUGAUUUGAAAGUUGACGAGUCUUCUAUGACUGGAGAGUCAGACUUAGUAAAAAAAAGUAUUGAAAUUGAGCCGCUUAUGUAUGCAGGAACCCAUAUUAUGGAAGGAAGCGGGAAAAUGGUUGUUACUGCGGUUGGAUUAAAUUCUCAGGCAGGAGUAAUAUUAUCAUUAUUAGGUGUAACCAAACAAGAGGAUGCUGUUACAGAAAAAAAAGGAGCGGCGAAAAAAAAUGAUGAUAAUAAAAGAGAAUCACAUUCCAAAGUUGCUCAAUCAGCUAGAAGCAGUAAAAAAACUUCGAAAGCUGCAGUUCCAACUGAAGAAAAUGUAAAUGAAACGAUCAAGAUGGAGAGCAAGAAACAUCAAUCUGUUCUUCAAACUAAACUUACAACUUUGGCUAUACAAAUUAGUUAUUUUGGGACAAUAGCAGGUGUUUUAACCGUUAUUUUAUUAAUAACGAGGUUCUGCAUAUAUGAAUUUAUUAAUUUAUCAAAGCCUUGGAGAAAUAAGUAUAUCAAAUACUUCGUUAAAUUUUUUAUUGUUGGAGUAACUGUGUUAGUAGUAGCAGUUCCAGAGGGUUUGCCGUUAGCUGUUACUCUUUCAUUAGCGUACUCCGUAAAGAAAAUGAUGAAGGACAACAAUUUGGUGCGCCAUUUGGAUGCUUGCGAGACUAUGGGAAAUGCUACAACAAUCUGUUCAGAUAAAACUGGUACAUUAACAACAAAUCGUAUGACUGUUAUACAAUCUUUUAUUGCAAACAAAUUAAGGAAAACAACACCAUUGUAUGUUCAUAUACCACCCCAUAUUGGAUCUAUUUUAACUAUGAGUAUAGCGAUUAACACCUCCUAUACAUCAAAUGUUUUGAUUGACUAUAAUUCAUCCAAACUUCCAACUCAAUCUGGAAAUAAAACUGAAUGCGCUUUAUUAGGGUUUCUCCUAGAACUUGAUAUUAAUUACGACGAAAUCCGAAGCGAAUUUCCCGAAAAUAAAUUUAUUCAUGUUUAUACAUUUAAUUCUGCAAGAAAAGUAAUGGCAACAGUAAUCGUAAGACCAGACGGUGGGUAUAGAUUGUUUGCAAAGGGAGCAUCGGAAAUAAUAUUGAAUAAAUGCGAUUUUAUGUUUGGAGAAGGUGGAGAAUUACGUGUUCUAACGAAUGAUAAAAAAUUCGAUAUAACAAAAAAUGUUAUAGAAGUAAUGGCCACUGAUGGCUUACGUACUGUAUCUAUAGCUUAUCGUGAUUUUGUUAUUGAAAAGAAAGAACUUAAUGAAGAGGAAAUUAAUUCACAACCAGAUUGGAGUAACGAAGAAUUCAUAAUAGGUAACCUUACAUUUGUUGCGUUAAUGGGAAUUGAGGAUCCUGUACGUCCAGAAGUUCCUGAAGCUAUUCGUGUCUGUCAAAACGCAGGCAUUACCGUACGCAUGGUAACUGGUGAUAAUCUUAAUACUGCGCGUUCCAUUGCUACUAAAUGUGGAAUAAUUAAACCGAAUGAUACAUUUUUAGUUUUGGACACAAAAGAAUUUAAUAAGCGUAUACGUGAUAGUAAAGGGGUAUAUUCGCAGAAGUUGUUUGAUACCGUUUGGCCAAGACUUCGUGUUCUUGCGAGAUCGGCACCAAUUGAUAAAUACACAUUGGUGAAAGGCAUUAUUAAUAGUACUAUAAACGAAAAUCAAGAGGUGGUGGCAGUGACUGGUGAUGGUACAAAUGAUGGUCCAGCAUUAAAAAUAGCUGAUGUGGGUUUUGCAAUGGGAAUUGCGGGCACAGAUGUGGCAAAAGAAGCUUCAGAUAUUAUUCUUACGGAUGAUAACUUUACAAGCAUCGUGAAAGCAGUUUUAUGGGGCCGUAAUGUUUAUGACUCGAUAGCAAAAUUCUUACAAUUUCAGUUAACGGUUAACGUUGUUGCUGUAGCUGUAGCGCUCGUUGGCGCUUGUACAAUACAAGAUUGUCCAAUAAAGGCGGUACAAAUGCUAUGGGUGAAUGUUAUAAUGGAUACGUUGGGAUCACUAGCUCUUGCUACAGAAGCUCCAUCAAAUAGCUUGUUGCAGCGUAAGCCUUACGGUCGUAAAAAGCCAUUAAUAUCCUUACUAAUGAUGAGGAAUAUAAUAGGGCAUGCAGUAUAUCAGUUGAUUGUUAUUUUUAUUUUGCUCUUUCAAGGAGCCAGUUUGUUUGGCAUCAAAUCUGGAAUAACUAAUAACAUUAAUUCUGCCCCGACCAAACAUUUUACUAUUAUUUUUAAUGCUUUUGUUAUGAUGACUUUGUUUAAUGAGAUAAAUGCUAGAAAAUUACAUGGGGAACGCAACGUUUUUGAAGGUCUAAUGUUUAAUCCAAUAUUUUGCUCUAUAUGGAUAAGUUCCCUUUUUAUUCAGAUAAUAAUUGUACAAUGUGGCAAAAGUGCUUUCUCAACGCAACCUUUAACAAUUGACGAAUGGCUUAUAUGUUUUUGUCUUGGACUAGGCUCACUAAUAUGGGGACAAAUAAUUCAUUUUUUUCCAAUUCAUUUGUUAUCAAGGAAACCGACAAAAGAAACUGAACCGGUUGCUGCGAACAAAAGUGAGACUGAUGGUCAAUAUCAGUUACUGUGGGUAAGAGGCGUAAAACGGCUCCAAACACAGCUACGAGCAGCAAAUGCGUUUUCAGAGAAUACUAGUUACAAUUUAAAUGAGCAAUUGCAAGCACAUCGUUCGUCCAAAAGGCUAUCAGAAGUGGAUUCGGAUUCAGAAUACAAGGAUCUUGAUGACGAUGAAUAAAUAUAACGAAUCACAUAAUAAAACUGCGAAAAUGUGUAGUGAUCUACUAGAGCUACA